AAGGGGUGGGGCCGCUGCUCUAGGAGGGCAGAAGUAGACAGUAAGGGAAGGCCUGCCUUCUCUGUGACGUUUGAGAAUGUGCCAGAGGUAUCCAGUGAGCCUGGGCAGUACCGGCACACUACAGCAAUGCCAUGAGAGGAAAGCCUCUACAAGAGUCUCUUCGAGAGGUUCCAGGAGAGUUCAACAAUGGGACUUUUAAGCAGCCGAGUCUUGAGAUGCAGUGAUUCCAGUCCUGUAGAGGCAGAGCAGCCAGAAGCCAUUGCGGGUCCCAGUUUCCUGUCAGGCAGUCGCAAGCGCAAACAGAGAAGUUGGGACUGUUCCGGACCGGCACCCAGCUCUAACAUCCAUGGAUCUCAGAACCAAAAUCUACAGCAAGUCUUUGGCAUCGUCUGCAGGAAAAAAGUGAAGCUCUCAUCUAAGCGUGCUUACCAAUCUUUAUUUUUGGAUGGGCAAGACAGCGAUAUCAAAAUCCGUGCUCUUGGGAAAACAUGGCCUUUACACAAAGUAUUUUUAUGUCAGUCAGGCUACUUUGCUAAUAUGCUCAAAGGUUCUUGGAAAGAAUCGCACAAUGAUAUUAUUGAACUGGAGAUUAAGAACGAGGACAUAGAUGUGAGAUCCUUGUACUUUGUGUUUGGUUCCUUGUACAGGGACGAGGUCCUGCCAAUCAAGCCCCUCCACGUUCCUCAUGUUUUGGCCGCAGCAAGCCUGCUUCAGGUAGAGCAGGUAGUUCAGCAAUGUAAGGAGACCAUGAUAAGAAGCAUUAACAUGAAAAACGUGUGUUCGUUCUAUACAGCAGCAGAAACCUAUCGACUGAAUUCUGUAAAGACCCAGUGCUUUGAAUGGCUGCUUUGUCAUUUGAUGACAUACCCGAAUGUUGGACUUUACAAAAAAAUUGACAUAAAGCUCAUGUACCUUCUUGUGUCUUCAUCAGACCUGCUGGUGAUGCAAAGGGAAAUUGAUAUAUACACCACACUCAAAGAGUGGAUAUUCCUUUAUCUUAAUCCUCACUGGAAAGGUUCAGUGGAACAGCUUUUAGCUAAUGCCAACAGCUGGCUUUCCAAGCACAUGGAAGGAAGGAAGAGCAUCACUUUUCUUGAAAGUGAAGAAGGACUAAUAUUUCAACCAGUGUUUAAAAAACUGAGGUUUCAGCAUACCAUCUGUGACCUAGCUUCCACAACUGUUCUUGAACGAGAUCGUCUAAUACCUUUAGAAUGGUUGUCACCUAUUUAUAAACAACAAUGGCUGACUUUGCUCCACUCCCAACAACACAAGGAAAUUGGUCCACGAAUCAUCAAUGAAAAAGAACUUGAAGGAUGUAGCAUGAGAUGUGGUACAAAGAUCAGCAGAGAUGGUAAAUACUCCUGGAAGUGGUCACAUUGCAAAUUUAGCUUUCCUUUACAUAUCAUCUUUACCAACCGUUAUAUCAUUUUUAAGCAAAACCGACAACCGUGUGAUGGUUCUGCCUGUUUAAAACAGAUACGGAAUGUAGUAUUCAGAAUGACUUUGGUGUAUUUUGACUCCAAUGGGAAACUAACUUUCAGUAGAACAACUGGUUAUAAAACCAUUACUUUCAAAAAUAACGAGGAACAAAUUGCAAUGAAGUUAGAUGGCAUAAUUUUAAACUUCCCUUUAUAUGUAUUCUGCAACUUCCUGUUUAUAUCAUUAGCAAAUACAGAAAACAUGUGAUCUGUCAAUUAUUAGAACAUAUGAACAGUUUGAAAACACUGAGUGGCUCAUUUAAUUUGAAGGCUCUGUUGUGAACACAGUUAAGGUGACCGAUAACAAAAUGAAAAUCCUUAGGAGUCUAGUACCACCACAAAUGACUGCGUGUCUUCACUUGAUGUCUGUACAUUUAUGAAGAGAACUUUCACUUCCAACAAAUUUGUUUGAAAACCUUUCACUUUCCAACAAAGCAAAUGAAAAGAAGCUAGUCUUUUAAUUUUCAUUCACCAUCAACGAUCAAGCUUUGAAUGGAAAUAAGAGACUAUAUUUGCAAGGAAAAACAUCUAAAUGAACUUGUUAUGUAGCUUUGACCCUAACCAUUUGAGGCUAAAUAAAAGAAAAUUCUCUCCACUGCUGAAA